AUGAAGACCAUUCUGGCAAGUCAGACUGUUUCAAUACCUGAAAAUGGUAUGAUAAGAGAGUACUUGUUUUGGUGUCUUUUUAAACUGAUGUAUCUGUCUCUGGUAACAAUCAUUUUAUAUUAAUGCUUCCUUAACCCAUUUGCCCCUGAACUGCUCAAAACUGUUGGUGUGAAUCCACUCUUGUGUAGCUUGUGACAUUAUCAGUUUUAAUGGUCAAGACAACCUUGUCAUCUAACUUGUGCAGGGGUUGGGGAAGAGGUCUCUUAAAGCAUGCCAGAAUGAACACUAUGAAAAAGGGAAAAAGACAUCUAGACCCAAAAGGUCUGAUGAAAAGUUGGUUUGACUACCCACCACGGUCUGCACUUCAUUCCAUCUAAUCCUAGAUCCUUACAAGCUUUCCCAUAAAAUAUUUUUCCCAUGGAAAUGGAGCCUAGUUAAUGCCCAGCUAAAGAAACAAACUGGGCCAGAAAAGCUAGCGAAAGAAGAGAAAGAGAAAGCUAAAGUUGAUACUGCUGUGUGCUUUAUCGCUUUUAAACCCAAGAACUAUUGGGAAGAAAUGGAACCCAAAUUUCCAUUUGGAAUAUUCCGUCCAGAAAAACAGGACUACCUUUUCGGAUGUUCCAUUUCUCCCGGAAAUCUUCCGCUGGAACGACCCCAAGAGUCAUGUUCCAUUUGCUUCCCAACUGGAUUUUCCAGAAACUUUUUCUAAAUGGUAAGCAACCCAAGUGUUGCUCAUGUUUAUUAUGUUAUUUGCAUGUACAGUAAGUAUCAAGCUGAAUGGCCGUGAAGUAACAGUCAAAGGGCCUCGUGGCACUCUUGUCAGAAACUUCAGACACCUGAAGUUAGAGCUGACACUUGUUGGUAAGAAGAAGAUACGAGUUGAUGUGUGGUUUGCAAGCCGUAAAGAGUUGGCUUGUGUCAAGACCAUCUGCACUCAUAUUGAGAAUAUGAUCAAGGGAGUCAUAUAUGUAAGUUCAAUUCAUCUCAACUUUAAACCAAUUAUUUUCUAUUUAAAGAAGUGCCUAUUUUGAUGAAAAUAUAUAAUUUAUAGAAACAGUGGUUUUACCAUGUGUAUACACGAUUUAGAUGCAUGUGAAUGCUAUCUCAUGGAUCACAAAAUAACUGAUGUUAGGGUCAAAUGAUGGACUACUAACCGUAAUUCGUAACUUCUGGGUAUGUGCCAUCUUAACUGGUUUGUGUGUGGUAUUUGUUGACAUCUACUAAUAAUUGAUAACGUUCCCUUGUAAAUUCUCUCAGGGCCCCUGUUUUUCUAGCCUGUGAACAGGCUCUCUGUUUGGGGAAAGGGUGAAAAAAUCACGAGUAGAGGGAAGAGAAAGGGGGAGAGCCUGAUCACAGGUUACCAUUUUUAAGGAGAAAAGACCCUGUGGGCUCACUCAAUCUUUUAGCUCAUUACUUUGAUCUAAAGACUUUACUUCAUUUGAUUUGCUUAAGAUUGGCAUGCUACUACCUUUUUAUCGUAAUGUCUAUUCAAAUUUAGAAGUGCAUUUUACGAAAUUUGAUGUGGUGGUGAGCUGGACUCUUGGGUUCAAACCCUGGCCUAACCACCAUGAACUAGGGUUGUUAAAAACUGGUAAGAGCAUGUUGGCUGUCCUGAAGGUCAUAUAAUCAUCUCAGUUCAGAUGAACGCAUAAAUCGUUUGGCAAUGACGUUAAGCCAUUGGCUUUUCCUCCUUCACCCUUCCUUUAUCGGUGGGAAUCCACACAACUGUUCAAGAAAAGUAUGGGAAGUUUCCCUGGCAAUGUUGUCUUUUCACUUUUCUCUUGAAUUCAAGAAGCAAUCUGAGAUAGGUGCCUAGAUUUCAGAUUGGGAAUCUGAGUAUAGACUGAUUAAGAGGACUGUGAAUUAGAUUGUCCUCUCAUUUCUGACUGGUUUAAACAUGUUUAGGGUUUCAGAUACAAAAUGAAGGCAGUGUACGCUCACUUCCCCAUCAACAUUGCUGUCUCAGAAAGUGGUACCCUGGUAGAGGUACGUAACUUCUUGGGUGAGAAAUAUGUGAGACGAGUGAGGAUGAGACCUGGAGUGACUUGUGCCAACUCAACUGUGAAAGAUGAAAUCGUCUUGGAAGGCAAUGACAUUGAGCUGGUUUCAAAUUCAGGUAGGUAACUAACUUGCACAUUAAUCACCAUGCUACCCUUCCCAUGAAAGAAAGUUUUUUUUUUCAUAUCUUUUUUACUUGUUUCCUUCAUAUUGGUGAUCAGUUUGCAGGCAAAUCCUGCGCCUUCCAUGUUCAAUUUUAAGUUUUUUCUGACCUUGCUCGACAUAUGCUCUUUCAAUGAGGAAAUAUUAUCCUUCAAUGCAAUUUUUUUUCCUUUUCAUUGGCCAACAGCCCACCACUUGACCUGCAGAUAACUGCCUACAAAUAAUUGUCUGCUUAUGUGCAAUGUCGUCCAACAAUGGCUACAAAUAAUGUUCUGCAAAUGCACAAAUCACGUUUUUCUCCUUCUUGUCGCCUUGCAGAUAAUUAGGUAAUGGUUCAGAUAAGAAGGAAAGAACCAAACCAAUGCAAUGAACACGUGGAAAUGCAAAAAAUGCUAAAUUUAUUAUUCUCUCCACUAAACUUCUAAUUAGUAUAACAGCAAAUGUUAUGAAAUAUUCGCAAAGCAGCAUAUAUAUGAAUCCUUUGUUGUCUAACCAACAUCCUUAUAAUAAAAUCUCGCUUGAAUCUAAGUAACAGAGAAAUCCUAUGUGAGGAACAUGUAAAAUUCUAACUUUUCUUGGCUUUUGUUGAUAACUCUUAUGAGUGGUCACAAUCCUUUUACAGAAAAAAAAAAACACCCUUAAAAAUGGAGUUUCAUUACAUUUAUUUCGUAAACUGCCUUUUUGUAGGUUUAUGCAUUCUCUGUGUGAAAAUGAAAACAUUUCUAAGUGAGGAAAGCGUAUUGCGCCAUAACAAAAGAAAUGGCUUCCAGUCUUACCCGGAUCAUUACUUAAAAAACAAACGCGGAUAAUAGACCCUUUGCAGCUAGCCAUUCACGUGGUACAAAACCGCCGUGCUGGAGAGCAAAAGUCGCACUGGGACAUGACAAACACAGAAAAUUACCAUUUCAAAUUAUGUAUGUCUUUUGUUUGUCUUGUCCCAGUGCGACUUUUGCUCUCCAGCGUGGUGGUUUUGUACCACGUGAAUGGCAAGCUGCAAAGGGCCUAUUAUUUGCAGCUCUGGUCUGCCCCCCAGGGCUUUCUUGUUCGUCUUGUAAACUUCGCUUGCAUGAAUUUCAUGGGAUGUCAUUUACCAUUUUGAUGCUGAAAAUUAUUUGCGACUCUGAAUGUUAUUUCUUGUUGUCGUUAUUUGCAGCGGCUUUGAUCAAGCAAUCGACCACAGUCAAGAACAAAGAUAUCCGUAUGUUCUUAGACGGUGUCUAUGUGUCUGAAAAAACAACUGUUGUGCCCAUGGAUUAA